CAACGCCAUGUUGUUUUGGAAAGAGAACACWGUAAAAUAGAAACUUGCUCCUUCUUGUAGCAUUAUAUCUUCACAAUCGCUACUUUUUCCCGAAAAUUUAUCGGUCAGAUAUAAAGAAGAAUACAUUUUCAAGUUUUAAGAAGAAUUUAAAGCGAAAAUGACGGCUGUAGUGGCACAGAAAGGCGAUUCGAGGACGUACACGUUCGCGAGUCAACCUCGUCCUGUUCAGCAACGAAAGAAAUUCAGAGAUCCUCUUACACAACAAAAUGAAUCACCAAUGCCAUAUGGAAACAUCAUGUAUGACAAAAGAAUUGUUAGAGGGAAUACAUAUGCACAGAGAACCCUUCCAGCUUCAUCACAGCCAGACCCUAUUGAGAUCCAAAGACAACAAGAAAUGAGAAGAAGAGCCAUUGCCAGAAAAAGAGCUAAAGAACAACUAAAGCCAAGAUCACCUGAACCAGUCGAAGGCAGAAAACACAUCGAUGUGCAAACAGAACUUUAUCUUGAAGAACUGAGCGACAGAGUUGAGGAAGCAGAGGUUGAAACUCAGACUGAUGCUUUCUUGGAUAGACCACCAUCACCUCUAUUUAUUCCAGCUAAAACUGGUGUAGAUGUUGCAACCCAAAUUUUGGAAGGAGAGCUGUUUGAUUUUGACAUUGAGGUGAAACCAAUAUUAGAAGUACUUGUUGGUAAAACUGUCGAACAAGCCCUUCUUGAGGUCAUGGAAGAAGAGGAACUGGCAAAUCUUAGAGCACAACAAAGGCGGUUUGAAGAGUUAAGAAACGCAGAGCUUGUGGAAACUCAGAGGUUAGAAGAACAAGAACGAAGACGCAGAGAAGAGAAAGAAAGACGCAUGAGGCAACAAGCUGAGGUCUUGCUCAAAGAGAAAGAAACUGGCGAGAAGAUUGCUGCUCGUGCAUUCGCUCAGAGUUAUCUCGCUGACUUAGUUCCAUCUGUAUUCGGCUCACUCAAUGAGAAUGGAUACUUUUAUGAUCCUGUGGAAAGGGAUGUUGAACAAUAUUUCAUGCCUUGGCUCAUGGAGAGAGUUGGUGAAAACCUUAACAAAUCUAUGGCAGCAAGACACCUGUUAGACUCGAUAAUCAAAGAAGUGGUUGCUAAGCGACUACAGAUCUACUCAAAACUAGACGAAGAAAUCCGUAAAGCUCAAGAGAACGAAGCAAUGGCAAGAGCUGCAGAGCAAAGACAAAAAAUCGAGGAAGCAACUGCUCAAGAAAGCACAGAAGAACCAAAACCUGACGAUGCAGCAGAAACACCUCAAGACGAAGGAACUCCUGAGGAGCCAGCGGCUGAUAAAGAAGGCGAACCCACAACUGAACCACAAAACGCAGCACCUGAAAUCACCGAGACAACAGAAGAAACACAAGAAGAAUCCUGAGCACUUGAUCUUUGUAUUUAUUUUUAAAAUGUAAAAAAAUUGAAAGUUUCCUAAAUGUGCAAUUGUUUGAAAUAUAUAUGCAAUCUUUCCUUUUAGUAUUAUUGAUCCAGGAUUAUUGUAACCUUGCCACUUGUUCUAAUCCUGGAUGAAUAUUUUUUAUAAACUCAAGCUGCCAAAUUUAACACUGAAUAUAUUGACAAUCCAUGUACUUUUGUGUAAUAAAGCUCUAAAUUGUGAAAAUGUCAAAAAAUAUAUUUUGUAACUUUUGAAACUUAGGGGAAUACCUUGCAAACUAUGGGUAAUGCUGUUAUUGUAAAUAGCUAAACUAAAAAUAAAACACCUUAUAUCCUCAA